GUAGCACAAACGAAACACACGUCUUAACAGACAAACCUCUUAUCCGCAGAGAUUGUUGCCAGUGGUUGAUUACAGGGAACCGAUUUUAUCUCUGCAAUCAUUCUGUUAAUUCCUAUUUAUUAAAGAGUAGGUUGAUUGUUUUGCUUAUAUUUUAUUAAGGAUCUUUCCUUAAAACAAUUUUGAAUCGUUUACGUUUAUUUCUCGUUUCGUCUGGAAUAUUAUAAAUAAGAAUUCAGCAAAGCAUCCGGUGGACGAUUUCUAUAUUCUUUAUACUGUGAAAAACUGUGUAUUUUUUGUUUUUGUUAAUACGAAAUGGCUUCCGACUCAAAACAAGUCGCUCUCUUGAUGCUAGAGCAGCACAUCUGUCAACAGUUUGACGAUAUCUCAGACUGUUUAGAGAAAAUGGAUAAGGAAUGUAAAGAGUAUGGAUCCAAAUACAGUGCCGGAAACGAUGUUUAUGGCCAUAUACAGUUCUUAAAUUAUAUUCAGUCGAUGAUCAAGCAACAUGAGUCCAGUCUUCUUGAGUCAAUUAACCGGAAAAGGGAGAGCCUUACGGUAAAAAAUCAAGAGGGUCUCCCUAUCAUGGAUAUCCGUGAGGAAGUUGACGAGAAUGGAAACAUUAUUAGCUCAAGCGUAACACCGCAGAAGAUUUCUUCUUUGACUGAUUAUGCUUCUGUAGUGAAACAGCUUCCUGGAUUUGAAGGGGAGACGAAAAAGGCAAAUACAGACAAUAAGCCCAAAGCACGGAAUUCAGAGCGUAACACAUCUACAAACGUUGGAUCUAGUCAAAAAAAGUCGGCAGGUUCAAGCCCACAAACAUUUAUAACAGAACUUCCAGAUGAUCACGUUGAGCAGUCCGAACAACAACCCGCAAAAUCAUCUAAGCAAAUUACGGUAUCGGAAAAUGAUUUAAGUGGUACAAAGAUUUCACUACCAACUAAGGCUUCAGUAGCAAGUCAAGACAGCGCGAAAGAAAACACCAGGCUCACUUCGGAAGUCAAAGCAGAUACCAAGAAUACAAUUGUUCCUGCCGGAGUGCAGGAAAACGUCGUGGAGAGAAAGCCUUCCGAAUCGUCCGCAUCUUCAUCAACUGCCGUGCAUGAAAGUGUAAAGGAGCAUGAGGUCGUUGCGAAAGAGAAUGAAAAGAUAGAAACGAAAGCACCCAAGCGAAUAUCUCGUUUCCGUCAGAAACGCGCUGAAGCCCAACAACAGAAAACGGUACAAACACAGAAAAACGAAGACAUCACGGCGGAUAUCGAAAGCACUGAAGAACAUAAAAACGAUGUAACACCAUCCGUCGUUGAGAAUGCAACAAAAGUAACAGCUGACAAAGAGUUGCCAUCGGACACUGACAAGCCCCAAUUGGAGAAAGAUCAGAAGAAGAACUCUUUGCAGGAGAUGGAUCACACCUCGCUGCCCGAACUCGUGGAACUCACUGACGCCAAUGGAAACAAGGUCCAAGCAGUUAAGUACGAUUGGUAUGAUACUCCUUUUGCAAAUGUGAAACCAGAGGACAUUGUCAUUAAUCCAGAAAAGUUUCCAGACCAUGUGGAAACGUCUGAACUGGAUAGUGAGGAUGAUGAUUACUACAUGCCCGAAGAUGACGAUCUUUUUCGUGGAACCGUUCAAGACGAAGAUGACGAUGAGGACGAUGAGGACGACGAUGAUGAGCUUGCAAUGCGUUACAACUUUCCUUUCUUGAACACAAAACGAUACUAUUUUUCUGAACCCGAUAUUGAUCCUACAGGAACAAAUACAGACAACCAAGUAAUCGGUACUGAAAAACAAGAUGAGAAACCCGUGUCAGAAUCGCACGUUACUGAUACUAAAUCCGAAACACAAUCUCAGGAAACACCUCGAAAAGUUCGUUUUGCAGAUACAAUUGAAGUUCAAACAUUUGGCAAAAAGGGAGUAUUUCGUAAGGAGCAUAUGCCAACACCUCCGGAAAAGUACGAUGAUAAAUUCCCAGCGGAAAGUAUGAAAAGUCGCAUCUCCGCGUUUAGAGAAGAAUGCAAAGCUGCUGGAGUUGAAAUAAAAAACGAGAUGAAGAAAUCAGAGGAAAAGGCGAAACAAAUCGAAAAACACGAUUCACAAAAGAAACUGAAAGGUGCUCUAAAUAAUGAGUCGGUGACCGAUACGUCGAAAGAUAAACCUUCUGCAACAAAAACUGUAAGUGAUGUUGUUGUUGAACGGACCCCAUCAGCGCCCGCACCAGAUGGGAAACCAUUUGAGCAGGAGAGUGUUGAGGAACUUGAAGACCGUCAAAUGUCCCAAAGAUACUAUGAACUUAGAAGAAAAAUGAUGGGGAAAUAUAUGGACGGUUAUCGGAAAACAGAAGAAGAAGAAGCCAAUAUUCCCGUGGAUGAGAACGGCGUUGAACUUCCUCGACUUAGUCGUUUCAAAGCUGCAAGGUUGGGUAGAAAAUAGAUGACCAUCUUAAUGUAAUAGACUACUAGAUUUCGACUAUACGGCAUUUGA